CCAGAGAGAGAGAGAGAGAGAUGAAGUCAGCUAUGCCUCUUUUAUUUCCUUUCUAAUUUGAACAGACUCAUUACAUAUUUUCCUUCUUCUGCUUCUUCAGAUAUUCUUCGUCAAUUAUCGUCAUAUUACGACCCAUAGUUGCUGGAAUACAUGCCCCAGUAUCAUUGAUUUCGAAAUUCUUGAACAAUCUCUUGGCACCAAUAUAUUUGAAAGCAGCUCAUGAAACAACGUUUACAAACAGUAUUUAUCUGAUAAGAAGAUUAGAAAACUAUGAAAGAAAUGGCUUUCUCAAACCAACGACCAAAUUCAUUACAAUGGAUGUUGAAAACAUGUAUACCAUGAUACCACGACAAGGUGCGCUAGACGCAUUAAUGCGAUUCUUAGAGAAACAUUCUAAAUAUCACAAAAUUGGCCCGUUUAAUAUAAAUUGUAUUAUGAAGAUGGCUCGUCUGAUCUUAGACAACAACUACUUCGCUUAUAAAAAUAAAUAUUACCGACAAGUUCGUGGUGGAGCCAUGGGUUCCGCAUUUACACAAGUCUUAGCCAAUAUCUAUAUGUUAGAAUGGGAAGAAGAUUUAAUUUAUCAUCAAACGUCCCAUUAUGAAAUCUAUGGAAGGUAG